CGCCGCCGCUGCCAAUCUCGGCUCUGUCCCAGGCCUCGGUUCCAGGAGCGCCGGUAAAGGGCGGGGCGGGGCCCGCCGUUCUGUGGCUGCCACGUAUUGUCACCUCUGGCAGAGAGGACACAGCAGUGAAGGAAAUAAGGCCCGUUCCCUUUUGAAACUCAUGAUGCAGGAAGUAUUUUAGAAGUCAGGUGGGGCCGGCAGGAUCCAGAAGAGUAGCUACAAUGAGUUCAGUGCUGGUGGACAUACAAGAGGAGGUGACCUGCCCCAUCUGCCUGGAGCUCCUGACAGAACCCCUGAGCGUAGACUGUGGCCACAGCUUCUGCCAAGCCUGCAUCACACAGAACAGCGUGAAAUCAAUGAUCAGCCAGGAAGGGGAGAGCAGCUGCCCUGUGUGCCAGACCAGCUACCAGCGUGGCAACCUCCGGCCCAAUCGCCAUCUGGCCAACAUAGCCGAGAGGCUCAGAGAGGUAGCCUUGGGCCUGGGGAAGCACCUGAAAGUAAUUCUUUGUGCAGACCAUGGAGAGAAACUCCAGCUCUUCUGUAAGGAGGAUGGAAAGGUCAUUUGCUGGCUUUGCGAGCGUUCUCAGGAACACUAUGGUCACCACACGUUCCUCAUGGAGGAGGUUGCCCAGGAGUACCAGGAGAGGUUCCAGGAGUCUCUGAAGAAGCUGAAGAAAGAGCAGCAGGAAGCUGAGAAGCUAGAAGCUUUCAUCCAACGGAGGAAGGCAUCCUGGAAGCAUCAGUUGGCGCCUGAGAGACGCCGGAUCCAGACAGAGUUUAAUGAUCUGCGCAGCAUCCUGGACAAAGUAGAGCAGCGGGAACUGAAAAAGCUGGAGGAGCAAGAGAGGAAGGGGCUGAAUAUGAUAGAAGAGGCUGAGAAUGAGCUGGCCCAGCAGAGCCAGUCCCUGAGGGAGCUCAUCUCAGAGCUGGAGCGUCGAUGCCAGGGCUCAGCGAUGGAGCUGCUGCAGGAUGUGAGUGAAGUCACAAAAAGGAGUGAGUUCUGGACCCUGAGGAAGCCAGAAGCUCUCCCCAGCAAGCUGAGAAGUACGUUCCGAACCCCAGAUCUGAGGAAGAUGCUGCGAGUGUAUAGAGAGCUGACAGAUGUGCAGAGCUACUGGGUGGACGUGACUCUGAACCCGCACACGGCUAAUUUAAAUCUUGUCCUGUCUAAAAACCGGAGACAAGUGAGGUUUGUGGGUGCUAAGCCCUCUGAGCCUUCCUGUCUGGAGGAGCACUAUGACUGUAGUGUCCUGGGCAUCCAGUACUUCUCCUCGGGAAAGCAUUACUGGGAGGUGGAUGUGGCCAAGAAGACCACCUGGAUCCUGGGGGUAUGCAGCAAUUCGGUGGGACCCACCUCCUCUUUCGCCCAGUAUGUGAAAAACCCCAAUGCUUACUCGAGGUACCAGCCUCAGAGUGGGUACUGGGUGAUCGGGCUCCAGCAUAAACACGUGUACCGGGCCUACGAGGACUCCACCGCGGCCCUGCUGCUCUCCAUGACGGUGCGCCCUCGCCGGAUUGGCGUUUUCUUAGACUAUGAGGCUGGCACUGUCUCCUUUUAUAAUGUCACAAACCAUGGUUUCCCCAUCUACACUUUCUCUAAAUAUUACUUCCCCACCACCCUGUGCCCCUAUUUCAAUCCUUGCGACUGUGUAGUUCCCAUGACCCUGCGUGGUCCAAGCUUUUGAACGUUCUGCUGUCUGCUGUCCUCACCAAUCUGAGCAGUACCCUUCACCCUGCGGCUUAUCUGCACGUGGCACUCCUUUCUCAUCUCCUGCUUUUCUGUGUUCUCACUUCUUUCCUUUUGAACAUUUCCUCAGACUUAGGAUAUUGUCCAGUGGUGACAGUGAACAUCCUUGACUAAUGACAAACCUUGCUGUGCGUAGUAGGGAGCUUUUAACCUUUUGCCACCAACCUUGGCAUUUGAUGGAGGUUUUUGGUUGAUGCAGGGGAUCAAAGGAAAUUCUCUAUUAAUUUGCUAUGAGUUUGUGUACUGAAUGAAAAAUUGAAUUCAACAGAUAUUUUCCUAUUAUUAUUGAGAUAAUGUUACGUAAUUGUAUUGUUAUAAUAAAUUAAGUAGAUUGUUUUAUUUCACUUGUUAAAUCUAUCACAGAUUCCUAAAAUAAACCAU